UAAAGUAUAGUUGAUUUCCUUCAUAUUCACACAAUCUAGAUAGAGGAUAGAUGAACCAGACGUCUUCUUAAUCACACUAUCAGAAUUUUGGCCUUCGCUCAAGAUACGAGUGAAUAAGAUUUUCACGGACUUACAUGAGCAUUGACAAAAAGAAAAGACUCGGCGUGAUCAACGACUACGAAUCUCGGAGUAACGAUGACGAAAGUACAGCUUAGUGCUUUCAUCCUGAGUGUCAUUGCCCGGGGAUGUAUAGGUUUUUCUUCAAAUCAUACAGCUCAGUCGUUCCCUUACGGAUCAGCAGAAGGUGAUACGUUUCUUCCAAAAGGCGACGAUGGAAACUCCGGUGAAAUCCCCAUCUCCAACAUUUUUACUUUCUUUGGUGUACCAUACGAAAGCUUAUUUGUUAAUAUCAAUGGCGCUGUUUCGUUCUCCAAAGGAAUUGAAUCCUACACUCCCGAACGUUUCCCUCUUGGUGAUGAUCGUGUGAUUAUCGCACCAUUCUGGACUGAUAUCGAUACAUCUGCGGGUCUAGGUCAUGGUGACGUCAUGUACAGACAACUACUUCUAACCAAUCAGACGUUACCAUUGUUCGAUCGAGCCAAUAGGAUUGUACGAAAUGCGUACGCGGAUCAGAAUACAUUCACAGCGACCUGGAUGUUCAUCGUAACUUGGGAUAGUGUGGCUUAUUUCGAUGCAUUGGAUCCUGCUGCACGUGUGAAUACAUUUCAGUGUAUUCUUAUGACGGAUGGUGAUUUCUGUGGUGUGAUAAUGGUUUAUGAUGACAUUGAUUGGGAUGGUGACGAGUCCGGUGACGAGUCUAUAGCUCCAACAAGUGAUACGGAUGAUAAGACUGCACAGGCUGGGUUCAAUGCUGGUGACAACAUCAAUUAUUAUAUGAUCGAAAUUUCUGGACCAGUCGGUAUCAUCGACAUCGAAACGAGGUCGAACAUUGAUCAACCCGGGACAUGGGUGUUUAGAGUCGACGGGGUUGACAUAGUAGACGCGGCUUGCCAGAAAUCAGAUGAACAGCUGACUGUAUAUCCCAAGGUAGUUCCUAUGUUAGGGGGUUCUCAGGUUUUUAUAUCAGUCCCAUGUCUGAACCCGUCGAGUGACGUCAUACAUUGUGACUUCGGUGGCGCCAUCGUAAACGGAGCUGUGACGUCGACCUCAAUUGCUACUUGCGUGACCCCUGCCAUGUUUGCUUCCGGGGUCAUUGAUGUCCAUCUCUCACUUGACGGAGGGUCGACGUUCCCUUACGCUGGAACCAUCAUCGUAGAUGAAGGCGAACCAUCCCCUGUAACCUUCUCGGCAGCACCAAAUGGUAAUUUGACUAUAACAUGGAACCCUACCGAACUCGAUGGUGUUGACGCAGUUGAGGUCGUUGUUUAUGAGUUUUCCAGUGACCCAAACAACUUCAUCAGUUGGGAACCUGUUUACAAUAUAACACGGGUAACUUCAAACGAAGCCGGGCGUCUCGAGGUCACUGUUAGUCCACAAAGCGAGACAGAUGAUUCCUCUCUUAAAGUUGGAGCUCUUAGCAUUAUUGCACUAGAUACAGCAAAUCAGUCACUCGAAAGGAGAGCCAUUUGGAGCGAGAUCCACCCUCUCAAUUGGUUGUAUCCUAUCAACAUGACGUCAUGGUGUAACUCAUGGAUAACUCGAGAACUCAAUGAGCUUAAUCAAUGGCUCCCUCAACGACCAGUCUGCCCAUGUACAGAGAGACAAGCAAGGAGAGAUAUAGGAUCAUUCACCGUUUCCUUAGAUUGCCGACUCAGCAGGACAGACAAGGACUGUUCAACAGACAGACCGGGUGCGACGUUCUGUGUAAACUCCAACUUUCCAAGUCAUUCAGGUGCAGGUCAGGAAUGCUGCUACAACAGAGACGGUCACCUGAUUGAGUUGGAUGCGAUAGGAGCCGGGUUUUCACACCGUCAACAUGAGCGCGUCACCUCGCCCUAUCUGUCUGCCGGACUUGGCCCAUUACCAGUUCUGUCCCACUAUCUGGCUGACACAAUGCCAUACUUGCAAUGCUGUGUAGCCGAUCAGAGCGAGAACGAGCAAUUUUGUGAUCUUUACCGCACCGUCAGACCGCCAAACAGCUGCUACGGCUACCGCCCGCCUCAACCAGCGUUGGCUUUUGGAGACCCACAUUUCAUUACAUUCGACGGUCUCAAUUACACAUUCAACGGAUAUGACGAAUUCACUCUGGCGAACUUGAAUGAAGACGAGUUUAUACUACAAGCAAGGAGCCUACCUAUGAAAGAAACACCGAACGCUACAAUAUUCACCGCAGUGGCCGCAAAGACUAACACCAGUGACGUCAUACACGUCGAAGCCAAUCAGAGACGAGGAAUGACUGUACUUUUCCGGAGGGACGGAAGAUACUUCGAGGAAAUGAACCUUGAUCAGAAGAAAACUUGGUAUCUUCGCGGUGUGACUGUGAAAGCAGAAGAUGAUUUGAGAGCAGACGGUUUAUCAGUCGUCUUUGAUAACGGUAUCGCCCUCAAAAUGACCACACACGAUGAUGCGCUCACCAUACUGGUCACCGUUCCAAACAGGUUCAAAUACAACACGCAAGGCAUGCUGGGAACAUGGAAUGAUGAUCAGAGUGAUGAUCUACAAAGACCUGAUGAUGACGUCAUCAUACCGGCAACCUCAUCCAUGGAGACAAUAUUCCAUGAGUUUGGAAAUCUUUGGCGUGUCAAGAAGAACGAGUCUUUGUUUUACUACAUGCCGGGAUACAACCAAUCAUCGUAUACGAACUAUAACUACACACCUUCUCUGAUUGAUCCAAAAUUCUUAUUGGAUAGUCGUAUCCGUCACGUGUGCGGCACUGACCAAUUAUGUGCCUUUGAUUUGUUGGUGAGUGGAAGCGAAGGGUUUGCUUCACAGACGUUGAACGCCAUCAGUCUGUACAGGUCUACUAGUAAUGAUCUUAUACCAGUGACUUGUCCAUCACUAACAUUGGCGAACGGUCGUAUGAUAUCAACCGAAUCCUCGCCGGGAUCUCUGGCUACGUUUAGGUGUGAUCCUUGCUAUGAAUUACGGGGGCCUAGCAAUACUACUUGUGCUUCUACUGGCACCUGGUUAUAUCCCAUUCCUUCAUGUAAACCGAUAGAACUUGACUGUGACACGCCCCUAGCCCCGCCCAAUGGCCACGUGAUGGUUGGUGGUUGUCCAAUCAUCUACGCUACAUUCACAUGUAAAGGAGGGUAUGAUCUCGUCGGAACAUCAAUGAUGGAAUGCAUGGCAGAUGGUCAUUGGUCAAACUCAUUCCCCGUAUGCAAGAAGAUGGGUAAAGGUAUGACUAUGACACUUAGUACAGUGCAUGCAGCAGCAAUAGGAGGAGGAACGGCUGUCUUUCUUCUUUUUCUUUGUCUCACCAUCGCCUGUCUUGUUACUAGGCAACGACAUCUACAAAGAAAACGAGAACUUAAGAAGCGAGCAUCCAACACGUGGUCCACUACUAGAAACCCUCUCUACGAUCCUAAGAGCUGAGCCAAUGGCAUUGCAUCAUAGCCCAAGACUCUAGCAACCCUCUCUUUACGAUCCUAAGAGCUGAACCAAUCACAUUGCAUCAUAGCCCAAGACUCUAGCAACCCUCUCUAUACGGUCCUAAGAGCUGAACCAAUCACAUGGCAUCAUAGCCCGAGACUCUAGCAACCCUCUCUAUACGAUCCUAAGAGCUGAACCAAUCACAUUGCAUCAUAGCCCAAGACUCUAGCAACCCUCUCUAUACGAUCCUAAGAGCUGAACCAAUUACAUUGCAUCAUAGCCCAAGACUCUAGCAACCCUCUCUAUACGAUUCUAAGAGAUGAACCAAUCACAUUGCUUCAUAGCCCAAGACUCUAGCAACCCUCUCUAUACGAUCCUAAGAGCUGAACCAAUCACAUUGCAUCAUAGCCCAAGACUCUAGCAACCCUCUCUAUACGAUCCUAAGAGCUGAACCAAUCACAUUGCAUCAUAGCCCAAGACUCUAGCAACCCUCUCUAUACGAUCCUAAGAGCUGAACCAAUCACAUGGUUUGUUAAAACUUCCUAUAGGUGCAGUACUAAUACAAAUUGAACUGGAUAUUUGAAGGUUAUCCUAGGUAUAGACUUUUUGGUAUAUUUAUCACAGAUGGUUGAACAGAAUUAUUGUAAAAAGAUGUGAACAUUAAAAGUCAAAUGAACCCUUGGUCGAAAAGUUCAUUGACCCCUUAGGACGAGUAACCAUUGUUCAAUCGUUAUUUAUACCCAAAUUAAACUGUCUGCUUCUAUCACUUCCAGAACCACACUCACAAAUUAUUGGAUAGGUAAAUCGAUGAUUUUACUCGUUUAUAUGGGGUAAUAACCCUGACAAAAUAAGAAGAACAUAAAUAUGUUACUUGCAUAAGGAUGGUGGAGUUAAUAAUGACAGAUACUUUCAUACGUAUGAAAUCUUUUUGGAUCAGAAGAUCUUUAGAUGAAAACUUUACUUAUCACAUGUUUCUUUCGUUUUUGCCUCCAUCAUAUUCUCUAGAAGGUAAGCAUGGUGUUCGUAUUGUCUGAUUCCUUAUCAAACAACUGUCGAUAUAAAUAUGAGGUGGUUCCAGUUAAAUAUUUUAAACAGAAUACGUUUCAUGAAAGAUUCAUUGCUGAAAUGUCUAAUAGUCGCUGAUAAACAUUUUACAUUUUGUAACAGCAGUGAAGAGACAAUUUUGCAUAUUUUUUUUACUGCCCAUAUUCAAAUAUAAUAUGGUAAAAACUUGAACAAUGUCUUUUCAGUAAGACCGCUUUACAGGCCAAACUCACAAACCAAAAUAAUUUUUUUGGCUUAAAAGGAGGUCAUAGCAAUGCUUUUUAUUAUAUCUUAAUUAUUGUAAGAAAUGAAAUAUAUUCAGCCAAAUGCAAGAAUCAGAUACCACUGUUUGAAAAUGUUUUGUCAGCUGUUAAACUUAUUAUGAUAUGGAAAGAUAUAGAGAAAAACAAAUCUUAAAGAAAAUAAUUUCGUGAA